AUGUAUAAUCUGUCGUGGAGAGAAAAGAAAUUUCUGUCAUUGUGUCGUAAAAAAGAUCAAAAGGCGAAAAGGCCGACACAAGAUCAAACCUCUCAACAUUUUUUAUUUGCACAAGUUAUUGCAGAUUCUCAGCUUCCGACGAUCGACAACAUUCAUGACAAGUGCAAACCCAACAAGAUGUCAUUGAGAAGAGAGAAUGACCGAAGUUUAACAACGAGACAGUCACACAUUGCCAUGGAAAAACGAUUGAAUCAAUUAAAUGUUUAG